AGUAGGCAGUUAACAGACGUACGCUGUCACAAUGAAUUGCAAAGUGUGGAGAUGUCUUCAAAAACUUUUCGUUCUUGUGUUGAUGAGUUUGCAUUUUGUUUUCGGCUGUUGUCAAAGUCAAGGAAAUACCGAAGAUGACUACUGGACCGAGGAAGAAUAUCUACAAUUAAAAGAACCCGAACAAGUGUCACAAAUAAUGGAUGAAAUCUUUCAAAACUACGAUAAACUCAAAAGACCGUACUACAGAGUUAAGGCAGUGGAAAUAGGAAUCUUAAUGGGCAUUCAAGCAAUCAGCCACGUAUCAGAAGAAAACAUGGAGUUUCAGGCCACUGUGUACUUCACUCACAUCUGGGAGGAUCCUCGCGUUGCCUUUGACAAAGACAACAAUGAUUCUUUUCUCAUCCUCCGUGGUGAACACCUAAACAAGUUAUGGCUUCCUGAUACCUACAUCCUUAACGCUAGGAAAGUCUCUAUCGAAGCCAAUACUUAUUCAGCUAAGGUAUAUGCAAACGGAACAAUAAACUAUUCCUACAGGUUGUCAACCAUUGCUUUGGCGAAGAUGAAUUUCUUAAACUACCCAAUGGAUAACCAGAUACUAAAUAUAGAUAUCUAUAGCUAUAGCUACACGGCUGAUCAGUUAACACUGAGGUGGAAGAAAGGCUCGAUGGUUCACAACGAAAUGGCAGGAUACGUGGUGAAGAGUGAAAAUAAAAUCAGCGAAAUCCAUACCGACGGUAUAGAGGAUUGGAGUUUCCUUUCAUUUUCCAUUACCGUUCGCCGUCGCCUUGGUUACUUCAUCAUGCAGUUUUUCUUCCCCUGCAUUCUGUGUGCAGUCGUAUCAUGGUUGCCAUUCUGGAUGGAUCGUUACGAGAUUGGUGACCGCAUGGCUCUAAGCAUCACUACCUUGUUAACAGAAGUGUUCUUGUCCCAGUACAUCAAUAGUAACAUGCCUCGUGUCAGUUACAUCAAGGCAGCUGAUSAAUAUCUUUUGGCCACCUUCAUCUUCAUCUUCAUGGGGUUGUUGGAGAAUGUGGUGGUCUACAACUUCCGCUCAGACUUUGAGUUGCAAGACAUCUACUGCUAUGGCCAAGAAAUAUCACCAAGCCAAGAAAUUAUGACGGAAAGUCCCAGAAACAAUCUAGAGGAAGAAGCAUCGUCUAAGAGCGCUGAUCAUAAUGGGAACAAGAUGGACGCUGAAGAAACUACAGAGAAAGAUCAGUCUCUUGUUGUUGACAAGAUAUCUCGUGUUUUGUUCCCACUAGCUUUCAUUGUUUUUCAGGCCUACUAUUUUGGAAGACAUUUGUAA